AUGCAUCCCUUGCGCUUCCUAGUGCCGGUAUUAAGUCUUGCAGCCGCCCUGGCCAUCGCCGAGCCCUUAAAAACUCCCUCGACGUUGGCUCUGAAUAAUGCGCAGCGAGCUGCGGAUCAGCCCAACGUGGAGUACUACGCUUAUGUGGUCGAAGAUGAAGGGUUCUGCUCAUACUUCGGCACAGCGAUGCCUAUGUGUGGGAGGAAGAACUUCGUGUGCCGGAUGAAGCCCGGCGAAGAGGCGUAUUCCACCGAACCGUCCUGCUUGGCGUAUAACACAAGCAACAUGGAGGACAAUCCGUACGAGACUGAGGAGAAGUCGAUCGCUCCUUGGGAAACCUGUACCUUGACAGCGGAGCUCAACUGGAAGAUAGGUGCACCGCCUGUGUGCCAGAGGGAUUUCAAGUGCAAGUGUCUGCAGGGGGUAGGCGGGAGCUGUAUCUGCGCUCCUGCCGACAUAGUGGAUGAUGUCCAUGGAGCGCUUACGUGCAAUGGUGGGACCACAACUUGUCCAUGGAACGAGUAUUGCCACUACCUCGAAAAGGGUGGUAAAGAGUGUGGAAAGAAGCCUUACUUCCUUUAG